AAUCGAUUCAAAGACCAGUUUUUGAUACAGCUUCCUCUAAACCGAAUAAAAACUUAUUGUAUAUAUCUUUCGAUACUGUCUUGUUAUAUUGCAUUGAGUCACCUUGGCUGGAUAUAAGUUCGCACGAUUAUAAAUAUAUAUAUAUAUAAUCAUAUAUAUAAAAUAAACAAAUUUUACGCAAACUAAGCCAAAGCAAGUUAAUACUGUUUUUCAUCAAGCCAGAUAAUGACUUUGUUAGGUAUGCUGCCAAGUAGUCAAGAGGAGAACAGUAAUUUCUCUGACUUUAAAGAAAUCAAGGGGGAAGAGUAUCAAAACCAACGCUUUUCAAACGGAAAGCGAAAGCAAAGAAGGUAUCGCACUACCUUUACGCAGUUUCAACUAGAUGAACUUGAAAGAGCAUUUGAUAAAACACACUAUCCGGAUGUUUUCAUGCGCGAGGAACUUGCUGUUCGGGUUCACCUAACAGAAGCAAGAGUUCAGGUAUGGUUUCAAAAUAGACGUGCAAAAUGGAGAAAACGGGAAAAGUUAAGUUAUAACGUUCAUCAACAACAACAUGGUUCAAAUGGCGAAGUUUCAAGCCCUUACCAUAUUUCUACUAGCCCAAAGAUUCAGUCACAGCAGAGACCAGUAUCAUCUCAAAUGCCAACUCCUCUCUCUCACCAUACUGCAUUUCAACCUUGGGCUCAAUCUCCAUACUGUCCGCAAUCUACAUCUCCUUAUCCUCAGUACCCACAUUACCAACAGUCUUCAAUGAUUGGAAACUACGCUCGCCCAUCAUCAUACCAAUAUAUGUCUCAUCAUACAGGUUCAGUUAUAUCUUCCACACCUGAAAAUCUUUCACCUCAAGAUUCUCAGUUUACGGGGCAUUCGUCAUUUAACAAUUUAAAGGGACAAAAUCAGUUAAUUUUUGCAUAAAAGUUUUAUAAACUAAUAUGUCAAAUAAGACUAAAGAAGACUGUAACCGAACCAAGUGCAGUACUUUACAGCGCAAUAACUUUUGUGUGAGCGUAAAAAGGAGGUAAAUAUAAUUCCUCUAAAAGACUCCGCAAAUAAGUUCAAAAUGAACAUUACUUUGUUGCAAGGUUUAAUUUGUUCACGGCAAAGUUUUUAUCUAAAUUAAAAACAAUAAUAAUAACAAAUUCAAUUUGAAUCAAUGUGUAAAUGAAUUAUUUACUUUUUAAAUGUUAUAUAGAGCAAUUUUAUA